AUGCAACGCUCUUCGCUACUCUUCGCUCGACGUCUUCCUUCCCUCCUCAACACUCCCAAAUCCUUCCACCGUCCUCAAUUCUUCUCAACCAUUCCCAAAAUGUCCGCCAACAUGACCCCCGUCACUGCUAAGGAUGCCUGCCCUCGUGAGUCCUUCAUCCAGCUACAUCAUAGCUACCUACUAGCUCUCGCGAGAACCCGCGAGCAGCAAUUGUGCGACGACGAGAUAAGACUAACAUCAAUCUUCCCAGCUGCUGGCCCCUACUCCCAGGCUAUCCGCGCCAACGGCCAGAUCUUCGUCUCCGGCCAGAUCCCCGCCGAUGCCUCGGGCAACCUAGUGCAGGGCAACAUCGGCACCCUGACCCAGGCCUGCUGCGACAACAUCCAGGCCAUCGUGACCGCCGCCGGCUCCAGCGUCUCCAAGAUCGUCAAGGUCAACGUCUUUCUGACUGAUAUGGCCAACUUCGCUGAGAUGAACGCUACCUACGAGAAGUUCUUCAUUCACAAGCCUGCUCGUAGCUGCGUUGCUGUUGCCCAGCUGCCUAAGGGUGUUCCCGUUGAGAUUGAGUGCAUUGCUCUUGAGUAA